AUGGCAAGAGAAACUAGGUCUUCGAAGAGAUUAGGACAGCCGAGUAGUAGUGAACAUGAUAAAGCUGAAACUAUUGUGUUCUGGAAACCAAGAGAAUUCCAAAUACAAAGGGUGAGGGAUAAUUAUGUGACUUCGAACCGAGUUUCAGUGCAUGCAAUUCCUGAAGGGGCUAAUGUUUUCACCGGAGAAAACAUUCCGGAAAAUGCCCUUGUGGUCUCUUCUCACCACCUUAGGUUCUUGAGGUUUCCUCUUCAUCCUGUAUUCCAAAUCUUGUGGCGUGUUACUGGCUUGCACCCCAUGCAAUUCAAUCCCAACUCAUACAUGCUUCUCACUGGGUUUUUAGUUAUGGGCAUGAAGUGGGAUGUGUCAUUAGGUCUAGGGGAUUUCUUUUAUUUUCAUAGACUCUCCCGGAUCGUGGAUACGGAUAUGUUUUUCAACUUUUGUCCUCGCCCACAAAGGAAAAUCUUUGAAGAAAAAAUGGGUAAUAACUUUGGGUGGAAAAAUGAGCCGCUAAUGGUUCUUGGUGAGUGGGCAGCACCAGAGCUCAACAAGAUGGACAUUCCUAGAGUCUUCUCUAAGCAGAUCGAUUAUAAGCUUUGUUCUACGGAUUCCGUUUUGGAUGAGUCUCGUGUCAAGUGGUUUAAAGAACACAUAUUGCGUCGGGGAUGGAAUGCAGCUCAGUUUGCAUGCAGUACUGACCUACAGGAAAUUUCUAGUUGUCGAUCAGGAUCAAUCUAUCGUUCAUGUCUGCAAUUGUUGGGGCCUAAUCUCCGCGGAGAAAGGCUGUUCAAUAGUGUCGUCGAGUUAGAAAGCAAUUUUCUGACUUCUGAACGCACUCCCACUUUAUUUGCAGAGAGUCUCAAGGUUGGGGAUUCCUUUGAAGAGUUGGAAAAUCUUCAAGAGGACGACAUGGACAUCAAGCGCAUUAGAGUUCCAAAUCCACAAGGUAAAAAGUCCAAGAAACAGAGGUUGUCUCAUGCCGAAAGCAGCGAGGUUACCACCCAUGGAAGCCAAGGAGGACCAGAGCUGCCUCAUACUCCUCAAAGGCUUCAGACUGAGCCGUCGCCGUGCAAAUCCCCUCAUGGUUCCCUGGUGGCCGCUUCUUCUAACACUACUAUUCAAGGCUCUGCGAACAUGCCACUACCACCUCUGAAGACUCCUGUGCAGCUAACAUUUAGAAAAGAGGAUGACUCGUAUGUGUUGGAGGGAGAUCCCAUUGCUUUUGAUAAAGAAGCAUGCUUGGCAGUGGCACAGGCCUUGGCUUUGAACCCCGUUGAUCACGAAAGGCUUAUGGGACUGAGCCAGCGAGAUCUUGCAGCGCAGGUGGCCCUUAGCCUGCAGUCGGCCUCAUCGAUGACUCAACAUCUCUUAAUGCGGACAGAAGCCGCUGAGGAUAGGUUGUGGAGUCUCAUACAUAAGGCUAAGCAAGAGACACAGAAGACUGUGGAUGAGCUGAAGGCAAUGCGUGAGGCUUUUGCAAAGAAAUCCAAAGAAGUUGAGGACAAGAACAAGAAGAUUGACGAGUUAAAUGCUAAACUGUCAAAGGAGAUUGCAAUCAGGGCAAAAGAGUUUGAGUUGAACCAGAGCCAAGUUACUAAAUGUUCUUGCAAAAGCUUCCGACUAGGAUGGGUGCAAGGUCAGCAAAAAGAGGAAGACAGGAUUUUCGAAGGGCCUGAGGCAUUCGAUGAGGAAAUGGGGUUGAAAUCUACUGACUAUGAGUGGAUCCAUGGGAUGAGACCUGAGGACAAACCUUCUUCCGAUGAUGCUCGUGAAGCGUAA